AUGGCCAAUGCUCGCACGGCAGCGUACGAGGAGAUACUAAAUCCCCAAAUCAUACCGCAGAAUAAGAAAUACCUGUCGACAAUCUCAUCACCACCUGGAUUUGGCCCAAUAACAGCAACAUCGGGGGGAACCUCAUCAACAGCUGCUGCUGCUCCUGCGAUCAAGAAUGACGCUGAUUUGGAUCUUUUAAAGUCGAAAAAAAUAUGGGAGUUGGCCAUUGCGCCGGCAAAAUCAAUGCCCAUGACUCUAUUUAUGAGUUAUAUGGCGGGCAACUCAUUGCAGAUAAUCCCCAUGACCAUGACGUUCAUGCUACUUUGGAACCCCAUCAGGGCCAUCUUCAACGAUACCAACGCCAUGUUCAAGAAUCUACAGGCAAAGAAGAAUCUGAACGAAAUCUUGCUUGCCAAGGUGGUGUUUAUUCUUUUCCAGUUGCUCAACAUGGCAGUCGGGGUUUAUAAAUUAUACAAUAUGGGACUUAUACCUCACCUGGAAGCAGACUGGCUAGCCUGGAAGCAACUAUCACCGGUGAAACAUCGUCUUUACUCUUGA